AUGCCGGGCCGUUUGAUCCCCAACUUUGUUCGGGGUUCUGGCUCCCUCCACUCCUCUCUUGCCUCUACUCCCGUCCAUUCCAAUUCCUCGUCAACUGCCUCGGUCAAUGAGAUCCCGAAUCACUUGGCUUCUAAGAAGCCAGCCCACACAAACAAUGACCGCGCGCGGUCUCCCGAGCGCCGCCUGUCCUUCUCCAUGGACCACUUGAUCCACCCACACCGGGAUCACAGCAAGGAGAAGCGUCGCAGCCUGGGCCGGGCCACUCGCUCGAAAGAGCGCUCCAGCAAGGAAGACCUUACCCCGCCAUCUGCCAAACUAGAUGUCCUGGUUGAGUCGCCACCGUUGGUCUGCUAUGGCCCGCCGGCCUCCUCGACCGGCGCAUUGUUCUCAGGCCGAUUGCGCAUCGCCGUCACGGAAUUCGGGCGCGAGAUCACUCUGAACCAGUUCGACGUGCGCCUCAUCUCCAAGAUCAGCACCAAGAAACCGGUCUCGAGCCACUGCCCAAACUGCGCCACCCGCACUGAGGAGCUCACCCGCUGGGAUUUCCUCACCGAAGCCCUGCCGCUCAAGACCGGACACCACGACUUCCCCUUCAGCUAUCUGUUCCCCGGUCACCUCCCCGCCUCUUGCAAUGGGGCUCUAGGUCAGGUGGAGUACUUCCUACUGGUCCACGCCCAGAGUACCACGGGCGAAGAAUACAACCUCAAGAUGCCGCUGCACGUCCGCCGGGCCUUGAUCCCGGGCAACGACAAGUCCUCGAUCCGCAUCUUCCCGCCUACCAACCUGACCGGCCGCAUCGUGUUGCCGUCGGUCGUCCACCCCAUCGGCCAGUUCCCCGUCGAGAUGACACUGAGUGGGGUGGUGGAUAAGGGCGAGGAAACACAGACGCGCUGGCGGCUGCGCAAGAUGAUGUGGCGGAUCGAAGAGCACCAGAAGAUCGUGUCGACGGCAUGCACCAAGCACACGCACAAGAUUGGUGGCGAGGGCAAGGGGGUCCUGCACCAAGAGACACGCAUCAUCGGUCACAACGAAGAAAAGAACGGGUGGAAGACCGACUUCGACACGGCGGGUGGCGAGAUCGGAAUGCAGUUCGAAGCCAGCAUCAACCCGACCACCAACCCCGUCUGUGACAUGGACGCUCCGGGCGGCCUCGAGGUCAAGCACAACCUGGUCAUCGAGCUCAUCGUCGCCGAAGAGUACUGCCCCAACCGCAACACCCGCCUGAUUACCCCGACGGGCGCCGCGCGCGUGCUGCGUAUGCAGUUCCACCUGCAUGUCACCGAGCGCAGCGGCCUCGGCAUUAGCUGGGACGAGGAGAUGCCUCCAGUCUAUGAGGAUGUCCCCGCCAGCCCGCCAGGCUACACCAAGCCGGAUGACCCUAAGAGUGCCAUGGAGGACUACCAGGGCUCGCCGCUGCCGCUGCCGGAAUACGAAGAUCUGGAGCGCAUGGAGUCCCUGCGUCUGGACAGCGACUCGACCCACUCCUCGGCCAAUUCCUCCCUAGAUCGUCGUGGCCGCUUCACUGCCGCUGAUCUGGUCACCGGAGACUCUCCCGCCCCGUCUCCCGUGCCAUCGCGCACUCCAUCGCGCGCACCCUCGGUCGACUCCACCCGUCAAUGA